UUGCUACCCCGCCCACGUACCCCUUACAGCUCCUUUGAAAAAUGGGGCUCGGAGUACUUCUCUAUCUCUAUAUCUCACAUGUCCUAUGGAUCCAAGGUGCGGUUCCCAUGCAUCACUGUGUGCUCUUUACUGAAGUCGGGUUCCAAAGUCGAAUUCACUUGGAGCAAGAAUAAAACCCAAAAAUUAUUGUUAGACCUGGAAGGUCAAUCUCAGCAGGUUUGGAACGAGGCCAUUCAGGAGUCGAUUCCUCGUCGAUCCGAAGUGAUGUCCGCCUUCUCACAGGCUCAAGAUAAUAAGUACCACUUGGUCUUAGAUCAGAACGAUCUUUGGACCACGGACGCAAAUCCAAUGUGGCCAGAAUCCGGUUGCCAUACAUUCACACCGAAAACGGAUUCUGAUCUGGGUCCUCGUAAUGCUAUCCAAUUUGGGCUGUGGCCCACCCGGUACAAUAUGGCAUUGGUCUUCAUUCACGAUCCAGGAUCAUUCACGUGGAACAAGGCCGCCUCUUCUUUCGGAAACACUAUUCUUCCAAUUUCGACGGAUCAAGCUGGAAUUCGCACGUCUUUUAUCUUAAAACGGGAAAUUAUCAGGAAGGUGUCGAAAAAGAACGAACCUUGCAAUGAGGAUUGGAAAAUAUCCGACUUCCAGCAAUGUCUUCAAAGGUUUUUUGAUCAACGAUUCAAAUGCCGAUUACCUUGGGGCAAAACCGAAAGUAUCAUCAACCACAGGCAAGCAAAUAACACAUUUAUCUACAUGCACCCCUAAAACCAUCGGACCACAGAGUUUUUUGCUUUUCCUUUAAAACUCAAACAGAAAUAGAGGGCGGUAGGCCAAAAAUCUACAAUCAUACACGGCCACACCACAUCAAUAAAAAAGAAAACAAAAGUGAACAGGAAAUGCAAAGGAGAAGAAGAGAUCAAAGGGGAAUGGGGUAAAGGGAUUAUCUUUUUAAAUUACAGAGCUUUUGUUAUGUGUAAUAGUGCUGGGGCGAGUCCAAGUGCACUAGAG